GUUUUGUGGAUCUUUAUGUGUUUUUCUGUCUUUAUUUCUUUCAGGUGUGGUGCUGGAGGUGUGGCUCCCAUUGGUCCAACCACAAGGAGGGAGCCCAGUUUCUGGGCGAGUUUCUCCAAACAGAAUCACACUCAAAUGUCCGACUUCCUGGUGUUCCGUGAACGCAGCAGCGUCGAGCCGGCCUUCCCGGUGAUCCAGCGGGUCGGUGCGCAGUCAUCAGCAGUCAUGACUAACUUUCUCCUGGGUUUGGACGUGGGCACCACCUCCGUCAAAGCUGUUCUACUGGCGACGGACUCCAGAACCGUGAGUGCCAGCCACGCGCUGCCGACUGCUGCAGACCUCAGCCCCGAUGGCGGGAUGAAGGCGAAGGAGCAGGACACGGGCCGGAUCAUAGACGCCGUGAACCGCUGCGUGGGAGAGCUGCCCGCGGACAAACUGCGGCGCCUGCGCGGGAUCGGGCUGUCCGGACAGAUGCACGGAGUUCUGCUGUGGAGGGCGAAGAGCGGCUGCGAUUGGUCCAGUGGAGACUCCUUCACUCCCAGAGACGCCAGCCAGCUGAUCACCUGGCAGGACGGACGCUGCAGCAGCGAGUUCCUCCGCUCUCUUCCAAAACCAGACUCGCACAUCAAUACUGCCACAGGAUUUGGCUGUGCAACCCUCUUCUGGCUCAUGAGAAACAGACCCGAGUUCCUGGAGGACUUCACAGUGGCGGGCACCAUCCAGGACUAUGUGGUGUCUAUGCUGUGCGGUUUGGACGGCUGUGUGAUGACGCCUCAGAAUGCAGCUAGCUGGGGUUUCUUCAACACCUCCACCAACCAGUGGAAUGAAAGCAUCCUAAAGGCGGCCGGCUUUCCUCUGCACCUGCUUCCUCAGUGUGUGCCGUCUGGUGGCUUGGCAGGGAAAACGCGUUCUAUCUGGCACGGCAUUCCUGCCGGGACACCAGUAGGGGCCGCUCUGGGAGACUUCCAGUGCUCCGUCUACUCCUGCAUGAGUGCGCCUACAGAUGCAGUUCUCAAUAUAAGCACUUCUGCUCAGCUGACGUUCGCCAUGCCAGCUGGCUUCACACCCCCUGAUUCUCCAGAUCCAACCUCCUCCAUCUCCUACUUCCCGUACUUCGACUCCUCAUAUUUGGCUGUGGCAGCAUCCCUCAACGGGGGAAACGUACUGGCCACGUUUGUGGGGAUGUUAACCUCCUGGAUGAGAGAACUUGGUGCAGAUUUGACGGAAUCAAGCUUGUAUGAGAAGCUGAUUGAUUUAGCCUUGAACCAGGAGAGCAGCGACCUGAGAAUGAUUCCCACCAUCCUGGGAGAGAGACACGACCCCGGGAGCCUGGGUCAGGUGACCCACAUCUCCACCAGCAAUCUUUCCCUGGGUCAUGUGACCAGAGCGCUUUGCCGUGGAGUCCUGAGCAACCUCGCCUCCAUGAUGCCUGCAGAGCUCCUCGGAAACGCUGGCGUCAGCAGAAUCGUUGGCAGCGGCAGCGCGCUGGAACGUAACCAGGUGUUCAGGCAGGAAGUGGAGAGAGCCUUUCCUUUUCAAGUGAUGUACGGCAAGAACGCGGACUCUGCUGUGGGUGUGGCCAUGGUCCUCAGCGACCGGCUAUGAUCCAGCAUUUUUCUGGUGUACUGUACUUUCCGUACUUUAAAAGCCUUGACUUUUUCAAAAAGCGCCUCAACUCUUAUUGUGAUGACAGACAGUGAACACGCCUUUACUAAGACUGGGAGGCAGCACCGAGAAAGUUCUCCCAUCAUAUGUGAAUGGAUCUUGGACGCCUUGGCUAAGGUCUCUGCUUCACUGUUGUCUGAGCUUCUGCUAAAACACGGCGACAAGAACAGCCACCUGGAAACAAGACUGAAUCUGACAACAUUGAGAGGAGACCCGGUUUGAUUCAGAAUUGCCUGGCUGUUCAGUUCAGACACAGAAGAUGAAGACUUUGAUAGAUUUGUGGGAGAAGAUUGAUUCAAAAGCAAUGUGCGUGUUGUUAAAAUGGUGGAUUAAAGUUCAACUGAACUCA